UUCCCACAAACAUUUACUGUUUAGUUUCUAUUCACGGAGGCCCAUGCUAAUUUAGCGCCACCAUGCCGGAAGAUAGAACAUUAAUUGCUAAAAAAGAAAUAUACGGUACACUGCGUUCCUGUAAUUUCUUUAUUCGUAGAAUUGGUUUGUCAUUUGUUGAUAAAAUACCAAACAGUUAUUUACAAAAAAUCAGCGUCGCGGCAUCUUUUAUAACAGCAUUAUCAUUAGUAUCACAUAAGACGAUUAGUGAAUACGCAUAUAUUGUUUAUUUAUUAGCAAAAUCGGUAACAUUGGAGAAACUUAUGGGAAGUUAUUUACAUAUUGCCGGAUACGAUACAAUAAGUUUUGGAAAACUAUUGACCAUUUGGUACAAGAAAAAUACAUUUCGACGUGUAGUGAACGAUCUUGCCGACAUUUGGCCUGUAUAUGAGAAAAAUCCUGAAGCGGUUGCUAUUAAAAAUAAAUGCCUGUCAACAUUGCGGACCAGACAAACGUUAUAUGUCUCCUGGACCAUACUAGGAGUGUGGUUAUACAAUUUAACUCCAGUGGCGUUACAUUUAUAUCGAUUAGCCAAAGAAAUACCCUCAGAUCUGGGCUUUGUAUGGCAGUUGUAUUAUCCGUUUGAUAAAACAAAACCGAUUGUACACGAAUUUGUGUAUGUAUUUGAAACUGUCGCUGGACUAUAUUCAGUGUGUUGUAUGUUAAGUUCUGAUGUAUUUUUCAUGACUAUGUCAAGUCAUAUUACUAUGAUGUUACAAAUACUGCAAGUUAAAAUAAAGACACUUGGCGUGGCAGAAUCCGCCGAUGGUAAAAACAUUGGGGGAUUACAAAAUUGUUACGACGAAAUAAUUGAUGUCAUUAAUAUACAUCAGAAGUUAAUCAGAUAUGGAAAUGAUUUGGAGGAUGCCUUCUCUGUGGUGAACUUGAUAAAUAUUCUUUUGAGUUCUGUCAACAUUUGUUGUGUUAUGUUUAGUAUUAUAUUUCUAGAACCGUUGAUGGAAAUGGGCAAUAAGUUCUUUAUUGUAGCUGUUUUAACACAAAUGGGAAUGGUGUGUUCGUAUGCUGACGACAUAUAUAGGGAGAGUGUCAGCGUGUCGGAUGCGGUUUUUGAGAGUGAAUGGUACAAUUUCAACCCUCGGUGUCAACGAGCAUUGCUUCUCAUGCUUCAGAGAUCUCAGAAACCGCUUUAUUUCACUGCAAUGAAAUUUAGCUCGAUUACAUUGAACACUUAUAGAUCGGUUCUCACGACGUCCUAUUCGUACUUUACGCUACUUUACACAUCAUAUCGUCGACAUUAAUACUAAUAAUAAUAAUCUUUAAUACUGUGAACAGAGUAGUAGACGAUGAUAAAAUAUAUCACAAAAAGUGAAUAAAAUCGAAAUAUGUCUACAGUGUAAACAAAGUAGGAAUAACUUCGAUUUUUGCAACUAUUUACCAGCAAAGACACUUAAAUGGAAUACUUCAUUUCUAAUAUUUAACUAUAUUACGUUCAUUUGCAACUAGAAAUUGAAAAUAAAAUGUUUAAUAUUUCACCUUUAUUUUAGUUUUUAGGGGUAGAUAUGUCACGGAAGUAAUAGUCGUGCUAUUGUUUAAACUUAAAACUUAUCUAUCUAUUUCAUUUAU